CACGGCAGGUCGUAUUUUAAUACCCAAUCGCAAAUGUGCUUUGUUUAUAAUUAACCUGAAAAUCCCAUUGUUGGUGAAUAAGGUCUAUUUGAAUGCGUUUAAACCCAACAAUUGAAAUCAACAUUGUCGAAUUUCAAAACGCUUAAUUUCGAUUGUUGCUCACUAUACUUAAAUGCCAUUGUUUAAAGAAUUCAUAUCAGAUUCAAGUCAGAGGCCGAAGGAGUAAGAACGUUUCUAGUGAUCGCGAUAAUGUUCUCCUUCGACGCCGAGCGGCAGCGAAAUUUGGAGAGAUUGCAGAGACUGAAAGAGCACAAACGCAAGUACAGUGUCUCCAGCUACAAGAACAACCUGAAGGAAGCGCAGCAGCUGCGAAAAACCACCAAGGACGCUGAAACACCGACGCGGGCGGUCAAGAAGCAGAGCAAUAAGGCCAGGGACGGACCCAAGGUUCAAGGACGAGAUGAAAAGAAGAAGCAGAAGGAGACCACAGAUCAUGAAGUUACAGUUGCCAUUCCAAUCAAGAGGGAUGACGUCUCUGUCGCCUUGGAUCACACUACCUUUGCCUUUACAACACAGGAACUCUUGGAGAUAAUUAAAACCCCGCUGCCCAUGAGAUCCAAGAUGAUUGCCAAAGAGGAGUCGACCAAGAUUGCUGCUGCUAAAGAGGAGACACUGCCAGUAUGUCACUCGGAAAAUAACUUGGAAAAUGCCCUCAAGUUCGUGUCCAACUCAAAGGAACAACCCCCUUCGAAUCCUGUGGCCGCAAAAGUUCCACUGCCCUUGGCCCACGCGAAAGUCACCCAAGAGCCAGAAGAGGAUGAGGUCGCUCCGAAAGUGGAGGCCAGAGCUGAGACGAAAACCAAACUGGACCUGCUGAAGGAGGGCAUCACCCUCGUUGGCUCUGUGAUGAAGAACUGGGCGAUGGCGGCGCUGCUCGUCGGAACCGGCGUCCUCAUUGCUUUUGUUGAUCAGGAGCAUGUGGACAACCUGUUGUACUCCCUGUCCACGAUCGAGAUCGUCGAGCACUUCUGAAUACGCGAGCACAUGAAGUAUUUAAAUUUAAUACUGCCACUUAGCA